GGGGGGCUCCCUAAACGGGCUUGGGGGCUUAUAGGGGUAUAUGUCAUGUGGGGGUCAUCUGCAGGCCGCCGUCGCAGCAACAAGAUGGCGGAUCGGUCUGUAUGGAGAGAACCAGACUAGGGUCAGAGGAGGGGGAGGAGAGGGCCAGAGCUCCAGACAAGGAGAGGAGCAGGCAGUCAGUCCUGGUGAGGAAGAGUCCUGGCUGGGGAGAGACUGGAGCCCCAUCACCCCUGGAGCCUAGAGGACAGGAGAGACAGGCAGGAGGAGAGGAGAGGGAAGGAGAGAGAGCAAGGAACGAGCAAGGAGAGAGAUCGAGGGAGAGGUUAGGAGAGGAUGGAAGAGAGAAAGCGAGGGAGAAUUUACAUGGAGACCAGUCUGGAGAGAGGGAUGACAACCCAAAAGAGAAAAAGACUAACCUCCAUGUGGAGAAAAGCGAGGGAUGCCAUGGAACAGAGGAAGAGGAGAAGAAGAAGAGUACCUCAGGAGAGAAGGAGCAGGAGUCAGAGAGAAGCCAGACUGUAGAAGGACAGGUGGACCAGGGAGAGGCCCUCAACACAGACACACCAGCCCAUGCUGGGGUGAAAGGUGCUGGGCAUGGAGCAACAGACCGGCCGGGUCCCCUGGAAGCCUCCUCUGAGCUGCAGAAAGAAGGGAUCAGGCUGAAGAUAAAGAUCCCUCCCAACCAGAGGAGAGAGAACGUGCGAGAGCAGAAGGGGGAGGAGCAGGGAGAUGGGAGGUCUCUGCGGAGAUCGGCUCGGAUCUGCAGACCCAGCCCAAACAAGGUGGAGAGGCAAGACGCACCACCAGGGGUGAGGGAGGAAGAAGAAGAGAAGACUGCUCAAUGGCAAAAGAAGAGAGAAAACCCUGAGGGACAAAGCAGGACUGUAAAGAGCAGACGAAGACAUCGAGGCGCCCGCUGGUCAAAUACUCGAGCGAAGCGAUGCAAACUGAAUGAGGGAGGAGAGGAGGAGGAGGGGAGAGGGGGUGGGGGAAGUGGUUGUGACUCAGAUGACUCUAGCCAAUCAGAGGAGAUGCCUAAUGAAGAUCCCUGCAGCCACUGUGGACUCCCAAACCACCCCGAAUUGAUCCUGCUGUGUGAUUCAUGUGAUAGUGGUUACCACACCGCCUGUCUCAGACCCCCUCUCAUGGUCAUACCUGAGGGAGAAUGGUUCUGCCCGCCCUGCCAACACAAGCUGCUGUGUGACAGACUAGAGGAGCAGCUGCAGAAUUUGGAUUGCGCUAUGAAGAAAAGAGACAGAGCUGAGAGGAGGAGGGAGCGUCUGGUGUAUGUGGGAAUCAGUGUGGAGAACAUCAUUCCUCAGGAAGGGGAGGAAGAGGAGAAACAGGCAAAAAAGAAAGAUGCAAAAAAUACCAAAAAUCUGGGAAGGAGGUCUACCAGAACCAGGAAGUGUAUCAGCUACAGGUUUGAUGACUUUGAUGACGCCAUUGAUGAAGCGAUAGAGGAAGACGUCAGAGAUGCUGAUGGAGGAGGAGUGGGGCGGGAUAAGGACAUGGCCACCAUAUCGGAGGAGGGGAAGGAGAAACGAGGACCAACCACAGCUCAGGCCCCUCCCACCAGGAGCAGGAAGAGGCGGAGACUUAACGACCUGGAGAGCGACAGCACGGCUGCAGAGAGUGAGGAGGAGUUUCAGCUCAGCGCCAGUACGGAGGAGGAGUUUGUAGCGUCAGGUGAUGAGGAAGCAGCCAGUGAUGUGGACAGCUUUGCCAGUGACCCGGGCUUCGUAAGCCAGUCUACACGGGCACAGAGACGGGCACCUAAACAGAGAACCACCAGGACCUCAGCAAAGUGCAAGAAACACCCUCGCAGACGGAGGAGAGGAUGGGGGGAGGAGGAGAGUGAAGAUGAGGAAGAAGAGAUAGAGACCAGUGAUUUGAGUGACAGCGAUGAGGACAGGAAGAGGUGUGGUUUAAGGCGGGGCCGGAAGCGGGAGGUGAACUACCGCGAGACGUCGGAAUCUGAGGGUUCCCAGGCAACCACUAAUAAGGACAAGGCCAAAUCCGGCCGUCGUCUCUCCAGCUCAAACAGCGAUGAAUCCUCCCAUUCGAGAGAGUCUGAGGAGGAAGAAAAGAGGGGAAAGAGGUGGAGAGAAGAGGUGGAGGAGACUAGAACAAGGGGAAAGAAGAGGGGAGGAGAGAAGAUGGGCAGAGGGAAGCGGAGAGAGGUGUUGAUAGAACAGCGGAGGAAACAUCUAGCUCUGCUGAAGAAAUGCAGACCCUCCACUAAAGAUAAUGAGGAUGAUAAUGGGGAAUCGGAGUCGUCAUCCGAGGAAGAUCGUCCUAUCCGCAAACGACUGAACCGCAUCGACUCUGAUGAAGAGGGAAAAAAUAAGGAGGCAGAUGAAGAGGAGAAGAAGCUGAGAAAGACGUUGUCAAAAGACAAGGAAUCAAACAGCCCUAACAGACAGCAGGCCUCUAGAGGCUCAAUGAAGCCUGGGGCUGAGAGUGCAGCCUUACCCAGGGACAGAGCAGCCAGAGCUGGACAGAACAGGUCUAACAGUCCCCCACCUCCUGACCAGUCAGACACAUGAUGACAUACAGACUGUUACUUUUAGUUAUUUUUUUUACACUUUCUUGCCUUUCACCAAUGACUUUUCUCAUUACCUCAUCAUCAUCCCUCCUUCCGUUUCUCCUUCCCCUCCUCCCUAAACAGGAUGAGUAACUACUGGACCAAAUGCACUAGCACCAUCCAACACGCAGACACACAACACAAUACACAGCCAGAGGGUGAAGGACUGUCCUGACCUCCACCAGACAGACACCCACCUUAGCUGUUCUGGACUGUACAUAGUUGCUCUCUCUGCUCGGCUGCUGAUCCUGUAAAAUGCUAGAUGUUCCCUUCUCUCUUCUGUCUCCUUGUAAAAUAGUGUUCUAUAUUCCAUGAAGGAGAGAUCGAAUGGACUGGAGUGUUUAAUUAUCCCAAAAAAAGAGAGUUGGAUGUUUUAAACCAAUGGAAGAGCUGCUUCUGUUCUGCUGUGAACCAGGAAGAUAACGACUAGAAAGAGAUUCAUACAGGCUGAUUCAUCUCAAAUGGCACUUUGCAGAUUUGACCACAGUUACAACUACAGUUCUGCAUACAGUUGUAGUUAUAGCUACAGUACACUGGGGGCUGGCAGAUGGACACUGGCAAACCUAGCUAUGUUCAGUAAAUCAAUUCACUGUUGGUUGUUGUGUUAGUUGAAGUGUACCUCCUCUCACUCAGUGAGGACUGAAUAAUUCCUCCACAAUAGUCUACAACUCUUCAGUCCAGUCAAAACAUUCUACAUCCUACUACUAUUUGAGAGGAUGGGGGCAUACGCAUUAGUCAGAAAAAGGACUGAAACAGGGAGACCUACCUGAACUUGCUAAAUGUUUUGCUGCUGUGUGCCCUAAUGAAUAUGGCCCCAGGUGGGAAUGCUGUAUCAGGCCCUCAGUCCACUGUCUGUUUUUAUCAUUAGAGUUCUAUCUGAACUGCUUGUAGAUUCUAUCAUUCUAGUUCACUGUUCUUAUGUUGGUUUCUCCCCCCCAAAAUAUAAAAUCUUUUGAGAUGUUCAGUCUGAAAAAAAAAAAAAAAUCACCCGGUUUUUCAUCCAGUGUAUGUACAGUAUGUUUAUAGUUGGUGCUGUAACAUAGGUGUUUUAUAAGUUAUUAAAAACCAAUAUUCAAGCAUCUCA